AUGGACGUGGGAAGCAGGCCACCCCACCUGGCUUGCCCCUUCACAGGGCGGGCCGUAUGUCGGUGCGUGUGCGGCACCAGCGUGGCGCUGCGUGACUGCAGAGCAUACGUGCUGCACCAGACCACACCUGACAGCGGCGACCCGGUGGUGCUGUGGCUGCCCAGGCUGGUGAAGCGUGAGGCGCUGCCUCGGGAGCAGGCGGAGCAGCAGCGGCGGGAGCAGGCAGCGGGCGGCGCAGCCGCCGACCCCCGCCAGUCUGCCUCUGAUGCGGCGUCGGCAGCGCAGCAGGCGGCGGCCGCCGCUGCGGCAGCGGUGGAGAGGGCUGAGGCGGAGGCCAGGGCGGCGGCGGCGCGGGCGGCGGGCCUGGCGGCGUCUGCGGGCCUGAGCUACGCGCCGCCUCAGGUGCUGGGGCCGGACCUGGGGGCCGAGCUGGGCGGUGCCCCGCAGGCCGACCACUCGGAGCUUGCGCGGCAGGUGGCGGCGGUGCGGGCGGCGCAGGAGGCGCGGCAGGCAGCCGCGUCCGCCGCAGCGGCCCGCGCCGUGGCUGCGGUGCCGCCGGCCGCCGCCCCCCCGCUGCCCAUGGUGGUGCCCCUGGCCUCCCUGGUGGCUGACACGCACCCCGCCAGCACGACACAGGCGCAGGCUCAGGAGGCGGGUGUGGUCACCCCCGGCGGGCGCCUGUCGCUGCGCAGCCGCUCCCAGGAGCCCGACGCCUCGCUCGCCUCCCUCCCCCUCCCCUCCACCAGCGUGGGCAGCGGCAGCAGGGCGGGGCGGCGCAGCCAGCAGGGCAGAACCCCCGCCAGGACGGCGGCGGCCUCACGCCAGGGGCGGGCGGGGCCCGGCAAGGCGCCCCGCGGCGCUGGCAAGGGCGCCGCCUCCAAGCAGCAGCAGCAGCAGCGCCGGGCGGCUUCCAGGGCGGGCGGACCCAGCGGCGGCGGAGCGGGUGAGGCGGAGGCGGGGGCUGGCGACGGCGCCGCCGCCGCCCCGCCCGACCUGUCUCCCUUUGGGGAGGGGUACCAGCCUCACGGCCCCUCCUCCGCCACCCCGCCCUCGGCCUGGCUGCUCAAGAUUCGGGACUUCAAGCCCGCGCUGCAGGGCAGGCUGGUGCAGACCUUCUGGGCCGACGGCGGCCGCUGGUGGCCCGCCGUGGUGCUGCGCGUGUCGGUGGCCGACCGCUCCUGCGCGCUCUUCUACGAAACAGGUGAUGAAGAGGUGGUGGAGUUCACGCAGCUCAUCCAGGCGGGGGAGGUGGCGUGGCUGGAGGGGCCGCACGCGGCGCCCGGCGCCCCCGCCUCCGCGCCGCGCUCCGCCAGCAGCCCAGACGGCGGCAGCGGCGGCUGCAGGAAGCGGGCGGCGGCGGCGGCGGCGGCGGCGGUGGCGCAGCCCGGUGGCUCAACCGGGGCGCUCAGCCACAGCACGCAGUCCACCCGCUCCAGCGAGCAGGACAGCGGCGAGCGCGGCAAGCGGCAGCGCGUGGGCCCGCAGGCGCCGCUGGCCGGGCAGCUGUCUCACCCGCUGCCUGACACCGCCCCCACCCCGGCCGGCAGCGAGGGCAGCGGCGGCCACCUGCUGCUGCCCGAGCUGCCGCCCCUCAGCGCCGCGCACCUGAGGGGCAGCCAGGCGCAGCUGGUGGACACGUCGGCGGCGGCGAUGGUGGUGGGAGGGCCCGCAUGCGCGCUGGAGCCCGCGCUCAGCCUGCAGCAGGCGCAGCAGGCGCAGGUGCUGCAGGCGCAGGUGCUGCAGGCGCAGCAGCAGGCGCAGCAGCCGCAGGAACAGGCAGAGCAGCUGGAGGCGCGGUCGGCAGAGCAGGCGCCACAGCCGGCGCAGGCGUCCCAAGGCCAGCCCCAAGGCCGGCCGCCGGAGGAGCCGGCGCAGGCAGAGGACGACGCGGGAGGCAGCCCGGGGCAGGGCGGCAGUCGCCCCGCAGCGUGGGAGGGGAGCGAGGCGGCCCCGCCACAGCAGGAGCGGCUGCCCCUGCCCAUGCAGCUGCCCGCGCCGCUGGCGGCCGCGGUGGCGCAGCUGCCGCCGGGCGUGCAGCCCACGCGUGUGUGGGAGCUGCUGGAUCUCGGGGACGCCGCCGUGGGGCGUGCGCUGCUGGUGGCCGCCCUGCCGUCUGGCGUGUGGCAGCCCGCGCUGGUCCAGUUCAGCGAGCAUGCGGGAGUGCUGCUGCGGGCAGCGGAGGAGGGGCGCGCCUAUGUCCUGUGCACCAGCCUGCUAAACGCCUCGAUGAUCAUGUCGCCCGGGCUGUCCAGGCGGCUCAUUUCUGGCGAGCCGAGCCCCACGCAGCCUACCCUGCGCAUCCCACGCGCUCCCACAGAUGCCGUGGCCGCCAGCACCGCCACGCCAACCACAUCUGGCGCGGGACCCUCCCAGGCCCAGGCUGGCGCCACCGGCACCGUACAGGCGGAGGCGGUGGCCAAGGCGGACCAGAAGCUGCUGGAUGGAUUGAAGCGCGACCACAUUGAGUACGUGCUGGAGGUGGUGGACGGGCAGGAGAUGGCAUGCAUCACCGACUCACCGGGGAUGAGGGAGUUGGCCAAGCGGCAUGACAGGCUCAUCAGGGAGUUCAACCUGCGACUGGAGGUCACCGGCACAGGCGAGAAGUGGCUCACUGUUCUUGUGGACACGGACGGAAAGCACCACCCCGGCCUGGCGCUGCACUCUGCCAAGGCAAGCGAAUGCAUGAUGGCGAUGCAUGCGGCCAGCUCGGUCGCUUCUGAGUGUUGUCCAUCGCGGUUCACCGGGCGUUGGUGGCACGGAAGGACAUCGCUGUCGCAUCCCACCGCGGGAGAAUUGCCGGAAGGGAGGUAUGGCGCAGCCGCUGCGCGGCUUCAGCGCUAA